CCAGCAGUGUCGCCUGUCAGUGCUUCCCAGCAGUGCCACCUGUCAGUGCUGCCCAGCAGUGCCACCUGUCAGUGCCCAUCAGUUGCCGCUUAUCAGUGCAUCAUCAGUGCCUCCUCAACAAUGCCCACCAUGCCCGCCUCAUCAGUGCUACCUAUCUGUGCCGCCUCAUCAAUGCCCAUCAGUGCUGCCUAUUCGUGGAACCUCACCAAUGCACAUCAAAGAAGAAAUAUUACCUGUUUGCAAAAUUUUAUAAUAGAAGCAAAGAAAACCUUUUAUGUUUUUAAUUUUUUGCUCUUUUUUCAUUUAUAG